AUGGAAAAAUAUAUACAUACCAGUAAGUCAAAUUCUGUUCCAUCAAAAGGAUAUGUUAAUAGAUAUAUUGAGAAUACUAGAAAUGAUUGUACAUUAUAUAAAUGUGCCAAAAAAGGACAAUAUAGAAAUAGGAAAAAUAUUCUUUUGAAAUGUGGUAGAUUUUUUAGAUUACCAUUAUGUGUUGUAAUAUAUUAUAUCAUUUUAAUGAGUCAAUUUAUAAAAACUAUCAACUGUACUUCCGUUUUACCGUCAUGUAAUGAGAGUGAAAAAAAUGUAAGCAAAAAUAUAAAGGAUAUUUGUAAUGAGGGUAAAGAUGAUAAUAUAUCAAAUAAAUGGUAUGAAGAAAAUAAAAGGUCAUUAAAUGGAGAAUACUCAGACAAUCCAUUGUUUGAUUAUAAAUUAUUUAAAUAUCAUGAUAUAUUAUAUAAGGGUAUAUUGAACAAGGAAUUAUCAGAAGAAUUUGAUUUAUUAUUUUCUGAUAAUACAAAUUAUCCAUUUGUAAAAAAUGAAAAAGAUAAAGAAAUAAUGAAACAAAUUAAAUUGUUAAGUAUUAAUGAAGAUGAAAAUAAAAAGGAACAUAUGAAAAAAAUAUGGACUGAUUUCAUAAAAAAUGAAUUAAGUAAUUUUCUUUUUUUAAAAAAGAAAAUAAGUGAUUUAUUUGAAGAAUUAAAAAGUCAGUACAAUAUAAAAGAUGAGUAUGUUAAUAAGAUAUGGAAUGAAUGUCUUGAUUUAAUUGAAACAAGUGGAAUGAGUAUGAAUACUAAUUUAAAUUAUGCUUUUUAUAAAUGGUAUAAUAAAACAAAAGUGUUGGAUAUUAAUGAAUAUAUUUUUUUUAUAUGUGGAAUUAAAUUAGUAUGGAUGAAAUUAUUUUCAUCUCUUGAAAUAUCAUGUAAAGAUAUAUUAAUGAAAUGUUUUGAAGGGAAAAAAAAUGGAAAAACCUUAUAUACCAAAUGUUGUUCAGAUAAAUAUAAAAACUUUUUUAAAGAUAUUAACAAAAAAUCAUUUUCAAAGAAAUGUGAAAAUGAUGAAAAUAAUAAUGAUAGUUAUUCACAUAUAAAUCAUUUGAAUACUUUGUUAAAUGAAUUAGAUCAUUUAAUAAGUUUAAAUGAAAAGGAUGAUGAUUAUUAUACAUUACGUGGAUAUUCAUCUAAUAAACGUGUUGAACUGACUGAUAUAUUUCGAUUAUUAUGUAAAAUGGAUUCAGCAGAUAUGUUGACUUGGUUUGUACAUAAUUUUUUUGGAUUUUCUAAAAAAUUUCGACAAUAUUUAUAUAAAAUGUAA